CUCAAUCAAGAUGGCUGCUCCUGGUACGGGUACCGGCACCACACGCCGUCUAGUUCAGUAUGUUGUAGUUAGGUCGGAUCUAGUGCAUUCAUUAGCAUGGCCUUUAGGAGCAGUUAUAACGCAAGCUUGCCAUGCCGCUACGGCGGCUAUUCAUUUAAACUACAACGACCCAGACACGCAGGAAUACUUGGCGGAGCUGGACAGCAUGCACAAAGUGGUGCUUGAGGCUCCGGACCAAGCUUCUCUCAGCAGCCUGUCAGAAAAGCUGAUUGAGAAGGGUGUAGCACACAAGCUGUGGGUGGAGCAACCAGAGAACAUACCUACGUGCCUUGCCCUGAAACCAUACCCGAAAGAGACGGUGCAUCCUUUACUGCGGAAAUUUAAAUUGUUCAAAUGACAUCUGGAAAAUUUCACUGUGGAUUCUUACUCUAUGACUGUGCAGAAAAGAAGGCUAGCGCCAUGCUCUUGGUGUGUAUCGUACAGUCUCUGUCCCUGUACGUUUUUAGUGUUGGAGGUUUGAAAGCACGGGGAUGAUAAAGACGCUGAUCAUCCUCACUGAAGCGGACCACCUCAGAAGUUCGUUGCUAAGUUUUGAGUUUGACCCGAAGACAUCGACGUGGCACUACAGUUAACUUUAAGUGACAUGCUGUGUAACCUUACAUUGGGUGGUGUGUUCAUAAAAUGUGUUGGCGAUGAUAUGUCUCCGUCAACAGUGAAAAGCAGAGGAUCUUAUG